GUUUUGUAACAAUUAAUGUUAUUCGCUUUACAAAUUAAUGCAAUAGGCUACUUAUUGAAUUUAUAUUUGAUGUAUCAGCAAUUUAAUGCCUAUUGAUCGCAGAUGCCAGUAAAACGCUUAAUUCCAAAACGUUAUAAAUUCGCCGCAUGAGUAGCUUAAAUGACAGUAUUAUGCUGCGCGAUGCUAACAUGACGAUCGUAACCUUCGUUUUUAAAGCCUUUAUGAUAUGCAGGUAGCAGUACCACGCUGGGCAGUAAUAACUCGCCUUGAGAAUACUACACAACUCAUCAUUAUGCAAAGUAUAAACCCACCAACUUUUGUCAGCCGGCUUCACAAAUGAGACGUUAGUCCAUUAUGUCGUUUCCGCAUUCCCGGCGACCUCUCAGUUCAGUACCCAGGAUAGGCUAUAUUCAACAGAAACCGGUUUCAUCAGAUUGUCAGUCUCUGUUUUAGUGUUUUAGGAACUGCCCUGCGCUGCCUGCGAGAUCGUACUCAGCAAUAAGUGUUUCAUAGGUAGGUGGAGAGAACAGGACUGACAUUGAUAUUGUCGCUUUGUUCUCCUGCAAGGAAAAAAAAACAUACAGUAUUGCCGUCGGUUUGCGGAGCUGGAGACGCUGGCUUGGGAUGGAGGGCUGCUGUCGGACCUGCAUGCCGUGUAUGGGUAGGUUAUGGAACUGGAUAUGGCCCGAAUCCAGCGACCCGUCCUGCUCGGAAGCCGCAGAAAUCCGCACCGUUUCGGGGGACAUCCGGAUCCCGGACCCGCGGAAGAAGCCUGCGCAGCUUUACGCAGCUCUCUUCGACUUCGAAGCCCGCAGCGACGAGGAGCUGUCCGUGAAAGAAGGCGACAAACUGUCGAUCAUAGAGAAACGGGGGGAGUACGUCCUGGCCAAAAAGCUCACCGGCUCGCUGGAGUCCGGCUUAGUCCCUGCAAAUUAUGUCACACUGCUGCAAGAUGAAUUUGCCAAUUACAAGUGGUAUUACGGCAAUAUCAACAGAGAAAAGGCUGAGAAGCUUCUCCUGGCGCCGCAGAAUAAGAGUGGCUCCUUCCUGGUCCGCAUCAGUGAGAGCCACAGUGAUGAGUACACAAUUUCAGCCAGGAAUGAAGGCAAGGUCUUCCAUUUCCGAAUCCAUCGCUCAGCCAUCGGCGCAUACUAUGUGUCUGAUAAGAUUUCAUUCGCCACCUUGGACGAGCUGGUGUGCUAUUACCAGAACAACUCCAAGAGCCUUGGCGUGCCUCUGGUCCUGCCCUGUGCCCAGCAGAGAGAGCUCUUCGACAUGGAACCCUGGGAGAGGCCGCGGGAGGAUUUCAUCCUGCAGAGGAAGCUGGGGAAAGGGCACUUCGGAGAAGUCUGGGAGGCUCUCUGGACAACAGAGAAAAAACGGGUUGCCGUUAAGAUGUUGAGGCAAGAGGAUACCAAGCAGGAUGAGUUUGUGAAGGAGGUGCAAGCACUGAAGAGCCUCCAUCACCCCAAGCUGAUCCAGCUGCUGGCGCUGUGCUCCCGGGGCGAGCCCAUCUACAUCAUCACCGAGCUCAUGACGAAGGGCAGCCUGAAGGCCUACCUGGGCUCUGUUGAAGGGCAGUUACUGACCUCCGCCCACUUGAUCUACAUGGCCAGUCAGGUGGCUGAGGGCAUGGCCUACCUAGAGGACCGCUACAUCGUCCACAGGGACCUUGCGGCCCGAAACAUCCUGGUCGGGGAAGAUCUGGUCUGCAAGGUGGCCGAUUUCGGGCUCGCUCGCAUUAUAAGGGACAGCGUGUAUACUGCAAGCAGGACCACAAAGAUCCCUGUUAGGUGGACGGCGCCAGAGGCGGCCCUGCACCAGCGCUUCUCGGUCAAGUCCGACAUCUGGUCCUUUGGCGUUCUACUCUACGAGAUGAUGACGAGGGGGAAGCUACCUUACGACGGUAAGACUAACAAGGAGGUCAUAGAGCUCUUGACCUCAGGGUACAGACUGCCUUGUCCGUCGCGCUGCCCAGCCAACAUCUACCACAUAAUGAUGCAGUGCUGGAACCCCGAGAGCGCACAGCGACCCUCCUUCCAUGCGCUGCACAGCCAACUGGACAAAAUGUACUCCAGGCUGUAUUACAAGACCGUUGAUGUGUAGGGACAGCCGAAGAGCACGCGACGAGGGACACGCGCGCGCCGCUGGAUGGACGGACCACGUGUGCGCGCGCUUGUUUCCCUCUACUGAAUAAUCAUUUUGAGAUGUUUAUUUUUUUACAUCGGCACUUGCCGGUUUUAAGCUUAUAGUGAAUGCAGGUUAACGUUGUUUUUCACGCGAGGAAAUGUGCAAUACAGACCAGGAAUUUAAUCUCGUGAGGGGGGGGGUAAAUUCUUCUUCGUUGUCGUGGACUUCUGAGGGUCGAUUUGGAUCUACUCUUACAAGGUGUAAGUUUGGUACACAAGAGAGUGCUUAUGUUUACAAAUUCAUCCAAUGCCAACUGUACAAAAAUGAUUUUUGUUGGGGGGGGGGGGGGGGGUGAGGAGGGUUGACCAGAGAAAUUUUGACCAGUGCAAUGCGGCUCUGGAAGAUUAAAACAUUGUAGCUUUUCUGGAGCUAAGAAAUUAAAGUAUGAAAUAAAUGGUAUUUAAAUACUUUAUGGUAUUUGACAAAUAAAAAUAUCAAGAUAUCA